AUGUCGUCAAUAGCCUAUAAUUUUUCAAAUAAGAUAGCCCUGGUUACAGGUUCAUCAUCGGGUAUCGGUGCUGAAACAUGUAGACAAUUGGCCAAAUCGGGUGCACGUGUAGUAGUAACGGGUCGAUCGGCCGAGAAAAUCUCGGAAGUGGCCACCGAUUGUCGUCGGCUAUUACCGCCCGUAUCGUUACCGAUAACCAAAUCGGCCAGCGAUUCACGUGUAUUGGAAUUAGUGGCCGAUUUGACCCGUGAUUCCGAUCGUAGACGACUUGUUGCAGAAACUGUCCGACAUUUUGGCGACCAAAUUGAUAUACUGGUCAACAAUGCUGGGUUCGCCCAGACGGCUGCCAUUACCGAUGGUUCAUAUAUGACUGUCUAUCGCCAGACAAUGGACACACAUUUGACAGCAUCGGUAUCUCUGACCCAUUUGUGUGUACCGUAUUUGCGCCGAUCAUCAACUGGCGGAUCGGUAGUUAACGUGUCGAGUGUACGAAGCCGUCAAACGAGACCCGAAGUUUCCGCUUAUUGUAUGUCCAAAGCAGCGCUGGAUAUGUUUACUAGAUGUAUGGCCGCCGAAUUGGGCCCAUUUGGUAUACGUGUUAAUAGUGUUAAUCCCGGUGCUACCCGUACCAAUUUGGCCAUAACUGCGGGUAUGACCCGGCAACAGUCGGACGAGUUUUACGAUAUGUAUGCCUCAGUCUAUCCGGUUGGCCGGUGCGCUGAACCCGGCGAUAUUGCCCGCGCCGUACUCUAUUUGGCCAGCGAUUCGGCCGCAUUUGUUACGGGCAGUAAUUUUCUGGUAGAUGGCGGCCAUUUAGCCGCUAAUGUUUCAAAAUAUUAA